UAUUCAUUUGGCGAUAUGACGAAAAUUAUCGCUAGUUCCAUGAAAUUUUUGGUCAUUUGAACGACAAUUCAUUUCAAUACUGAUCGAGCAUUCCAUUGUAUUUUCGUUGUCACUUCACGCAAAAUAUUUCGACGGAAUUACUAGUUCAUCUCAUCUGGUUUUCUUAAUUUGCUAAAAUGUCGAUUUUCAAAUUAACAUUAAUGACACUGUUGAGUUUUGGGUAUUUCAAACAAAGAACAAGUGCUGUAAUUUCGAGUUCAGAUAUCCAUUGUGCUGUUCUAGACUCAAUGUAUAUAAAUGAGGACUUUGAAGGUGAAAUAUCAAGUGCGUUAGAAAGGACAACCAACCUUGCAGGUAAUCCACUCAUAGAUUUCAGUGUGAAGCUACCGUCAGCCAUAAUAUCGUGUGCGGCUGACUAUGAAGCAUUUUCCGGGGCCAUUAUACCAGUCUUUUUCGAUACGUUGAAGGAAGAGUUUGAAAAUAAGGAAUCGUUGGGAAAAAUCAUCGAUACAUUCGAAAGACGAAAUGAAGUUCACAACGGAAUUGUUGAAAAGGGAAUCACAAUUUCCAAAGUGUUAUUCUCACUUAAAAAAGUGUCCGAAUAUCCUGCCACGAUAUGUUCGGUGUUGAAGUACGCCCACAACGAUCUACACACCAUUGUUUUACACUUUGCGUCUCGAAAUCUACCGUAUAGAAACUUUCCAUCCGCUACGGCCCAAUUGAUGUUAGCCAUAGCUCCAAUGGCAACGAUGAUAGCUAGAACAUUGCCAUAUCUCGAAUGGGGAACUGAAAUGAAUUGUCGUCUGAGAGAUCUUUUCGAUGACUACUAUCAGUUGAGCUUAUUACAUCGUUUUCGAAGGAUCGAAGUGACAUCAAGAUGGAAGUUACAAGGUGAAUUAAUAUUCAAUAUAGUGGCAUCAUCUGCAUUGCGCAAUAAGUUGAAUCGAAAUGUCAGUGGAUCAUAUGAUAGCAAUAUUAAAUGCCGAAGGAGUAGUGAUGAUGACAUAUUUACGAUACGCGAUAACUUGGAAUACGUCAAAGGAAAUAAAAUAACAGCGUAUACUGGCGACGCUUCAUGUGUUUAUGACUAUUUUUCGCUUGUAAAAUAUCGAAUGGAAUCCGUAUUUGGUAAAUCUUUCAAAAUGCUCGACAAAACUUGUUCAAAUUCCAGGGGUUUUCCAACAGGAUACGGCUGGCUUAUCAUCGAAGUACAAGCAGCUUACAUAACUGUGGAUAAUGUACAUGUACGGUUUUUUAUCGAUUCGCAGGGAAAAAAUGCGGUAUACACUUCACAAGUUUUAACAUCCCAAGAGCAAUGGAUUGAAAUCAAUGAUGUGUACCGAUCAUCACGAUUAAACAAGAAUGCAAGCAUCACAAUUGAUAUGAAAGAUGUUGAAGGGGUCAUACGCUAUGUUUAUCCAAAGAAAAAAAUUGACGAUUUUUUGAUCCAUUCCAACUUUAUUGAAACCACGGGAACAGACAAUCUUUUAUUUUAUCCCAUUUGGAUCGACGAGUAUUCAAAUGACAAUUAUUUUAAAACAUUGACAUCGGGAGGUGUGAAGAAACCAUCAACGAAAUAAAUUCAACUUUGUCAUAUUGAUGCCAAUGUGGAACAAUUAUUAAAAGAAUACCAAUAAAUAACAAAGAAUGAUAGAAA